AUGCUUGGGAUAAGAGUGCUUGUGGCGUAUAAUAUAAUUUUAUUCGGAAGUUUCCAUGGAGAGUGUGCUGCCGUUCAUAAAGAUAAUACCUUUAAUUCAACAGAUGAAGCUACAAAAAACUCUCUUAUUGAAGCUCAGUCGAUUGGGAGAAUCGUAAACCGGGUAAAUCAGAAGGAAAUUCAUCAGAACAUUCUGCCCCCGCCAAAUUAUAUAGGUGAUAUAACUCGCACAUCGAGUGCUGAUCCAGAAAAUCCCUGCACCAUUGAUGAUGAAGCCAAGAUCAAUGGAAGCCCAUCAGCUACGCAUAUAAGCUACGGAUCACAAGUAAACACUCAAUCCACUUACUCAUCAGAUUUUCAAUUGCAAAUACAAAACCCACAACCUGUUCAGCACAUACAUUACCACUACAUUGUGCCCAAUGCCACUCCAAAACCGCUCAUAAAUUAUGUGACUCAAUCUCAAUCUGAUUUCAACGCCCACAAUGCUAAUUCAGAUGGUCAACCAUACUCCUCAAUCGACCCUCGGCCAUCGCAUAUCAUUGAAAGCAAUCUGCAGCAUAGCAAUCAAGAAGUUAUGUCAGUCAACCCUUUGUACUCAGCGGUGGACAAUGGUGGAUUCCUUCACGAUUCCCCGGAUGAGCACCAGGGUCAGGCAUCUGAAAAUACAUCCGUAUACGAAUUUAGAGAUCCUGGCCAGACUACAAAGGAUGAACUGCAAAGGGAGGAGGCUUUACUGAAAACAAGUUCGGAGCUUUUCAUUAGCCAGCCAAUUUCGAAUCAUCAAAUGGACGUAGUCAGUCCAAUUCCGAAUCAGACGGAAGUUUACUUUAUUAAGUACUACGAUGAACAUAACAAAACUACUACUUCACCCGAGUCCCAGAUCAAAAUGGAUACUUCAAGUGAGGUUUCAGACGGCAGUGGUUUGAUAGACAUCAGGGCAGGAAUUGCUGAAACUUUGGAAGGACAUAUAGAGUCAACGACUCCAUAUAAUGAAUACUCUGCAUACAACGUCCCAUUGAAUUAGCAUACAACUUAAGAAUGUAAAUUAUUGAAAAUUUAAUAAAAUAAGUAAUGAAUAUUAA